GUAUUACGCACCAGCUUCAGCAAUAUGGGACAAGGAUAUCCAAAACCAGAACCCAGUGAGAGUCCAAAGCAAUGGAUGGAUAGAUGUGGCUGGGGAUUUUACACUGAACCUUGGCUGUCCAACUUAGCUGGGUGGACAGAGGGACAAUCCCAGUGGAGAAACUUCCCCAGGGAAGGAACCUUUGAUCCAGGUUUUCUCCAAUCAGCCUAUAAAUUAACGUAUGAAGGAUAUGGGGAUCCAGAAUGGAAUGAUCAGUAUAUGAUGAAUGGAUAUGACACAUGGUAUACAAUGAGCUCUAUAUGGAGAGAUAAAAAGGGCAUUUUUACACCUAAAACCGUUUUGAAAUCUGUCCCCAAACCCAAAAGCAGAAGCAAUACUGCCCGUAAGGCAGAUAAGAGGGGCUCUCUCGCAGCUGCUAAGACAACUAUGAUAUCACCACCCCCUUAUACGGGGCUUCCGCCUGCAGCUUCAUGCUCUGUAAGUGCUUCUCCUACAGUGCCUUCUAUUUACCCGUCACUGACAGAAAUGAUUAAAACUAAACCAGACCCCUCCGACAGCACGGAGGGCACUACUUCAGCCUCUAAUGUGGCUGCUGUAUGGGUUGCUAAACCACGAGGGAUAGAGAUAAUUCCGCCCUCACCCUCUGUUCUGAAGGACCUCAUAUCUCUUUUACCAGAAGUGGACAAACCACUGCAAUUUGUAGACAUGCUGUUGCGCAGCUCGCGUCACUGCCAACUAAUUGGGGCAGAUUAUCGAUUUAUCCUUCAAAUCAAAAUGGGUUUGUCCUAUGACGAUGACGAAAUAAUAGAAAAAAUACCUGCUCUUGAUCCCAAGCAUGAUAUAGUACACACAGAAACUGUUAAGGAAGAAACAGAUGAUAAAAAGACACGUACUCGUAUAAAAACACGCCUCGCGUGGAAAGAUGAUCAGGAGGAGCUCCUAAUACAUCUAAAACAGCAGCUUACUAAAUACAUAGUACCAUACUUACUGGUCUGAAUGUGACGCCACAACUGAUCCUAAUGGAAUAAUGCUAGAUGGCAAAGGCCGUUUAUGCCUGCCAUCAUCCUGUGCACCUUUUCUCGUCCGCGAGUUUCACGGUGUUACACACCGCGGCCGAAGAGGGGUAAUAGACACAAUGAGUUAAUAGACACAAUGAGUUAAUAGACACAAUGAGUUAAUAGACACAAUGAGUUCCUUUUUAUGCAUUAAUAAUUUACAGCACCAUAACACGCUAGAUAGAUGUUUGAUAUGUGCUCAAAAUAAUAUCACUAAACCUCAAGCUCAACAUCAGCAAUUGCCCCUCCCUGAAACACCUUUUCAGGAAUGGCAGGUAGAUUUUACACAUCUGCCAAAGAGGGGUCCUAAUAAAUAUUUAUUGGUUUUUGUGGACAAAUUUUCAAAAUGGGUUGAAGCCUUCCCAUGCAGUAAAGAAGAUGCUAAUACAGUUGUCAGAUGUUUGACAAGAGAAAUCAUUACAAGAUACGGUAUACCAUGUGCCAUAGACUCAGAUAAGGGAACCUCAUUUACUGCGAAAGUAAUACAAAAUCUGGCUAAAGAAUUACAAAUUAAUUGGCAGCUACAUAUUCCUUACCAUCCACAAUCAUCUGGUAUAGUAGAACGAACUAAUAGGACCAUCAAGGACAAAUUAAGAAAGGCUAUGCAACAUGCAGGGCACUCAAAUUGGCUCGCCUUGCUACCUGUCGUUUUAGCAGACAUGAGGAUGUCUCCUCACAAAAGUCUUCACGGUCUGUCUCCUUAUGAGACUGUGAUGGGACGACCCUUUCCCUCACCAUGGAGGCAAGGGGGUACCACACUGGGUGACGGUUCUUUGGAUAUCCAUAUGAGUGAAUGUGCACAACAGCUACUAACAACAUUGCAUGCAUACUGGACUAACAUACAUUCUGGUUCAGCCCCGAUGCCGGUAGACCCAACACACCCAUUUAAGGCUGGUGACAGAGUAAUGAUUAGACAGUUCAAUAAAAUGAGCACAGAACUGGGGGACCCCAAAUAUGGCCCCCGACGGAUGUCGUGGCUGUAACCAGAACCGCCGUUUUAACCUCCUCUUCUACACAGUGGAUCCAUGCAACCAGGAUAAAACGAGCACCUAUUGAAUAAUAAAAAUGUAUAAGUUUUGUACAAUGAUAAUCUGUCUGCAGACUCUCUUUGUUUUACAGAUACUUUGGGGGCCCCCACAUCAGCUAGCACCUCCACGCAGCAUAACUACUAGAAGGAUCAGCAUGAAGUGGCUAUGGACAUUGGGACUGUUUCUCUUUCUUGUUGCUCAAGCUAAUGCAGCCAGGCUGAAACGCUGGACACAUGAUCAUGAAUUUGGAUGGGCAGAGGAUGGGGCUGACAAUCCAAUUGAAAUAAUAUGUGGUAUCAAUAUGUAAAUGAGUUUUAGCUAGGUCAUAUAAUGUAUCUGGUUGUUAUGUAUGUUCUGUUAUGCCUCAUUCAGCCAAACAAACCCCUCUUUAUGCCAAACCCAUGAAUAAGACCUCUGCUAAAUGUUUUGCCAGUUUUGCAGGAUCAGGGUACCAGGACCCAUAUAUAAUUGUCGAUGACUACGAUCCAUACCGGAUUGGCAUUAGAAAUGGUACAUGUGAUGCUCUAUUUUGGGUAAAAUUUGGCCAUGCUAAACCCUCACCUAUUAGCCACAAGGUUUUUAUUAACCAUUCUAUUACACACCCUGUGUGUUAUAACCAGACCAUGGGCUCUCAUUUCAUGGGAAGCACUGUUAACUGUCAACAAAUUGCCUCCUCGGGAGAAGGGGCCCCAGUUUAUGUGUCAGGACCCUCAAACGGCACUUAUGUGGUCCAGGGUGGGUGGUGGUUGUGUGGGAAAAACGCCUACAUGUCCCUACCGGCCAACUGGACGGGGCAGUGUGCCCCUGUGCAUGUGACUGAUCACACUUUUAUUGUGACAGCCCAGGUCCUGUCAGCGCAGCGAAGAGUUAAACGCAGUGUCCCUGAAAUGAAGCCCCAUGACUCUGUAUGGGGUACUGACGUGCCCGAGGAUUUCAAAUUAUGGACCACUGGUAGUAAAAUGGUAUUGGCUCUAUUUCCGCAAAUAGGUGUGGGAAAAGCUCUACUAAGAAUUGAGACCCUGGACUAUCGCAUGGGCCUAUUUCUGAAUGCCUCAAAAAAAAUAAUUAAUGAGGCCCAGAAUAAGGAGCUGGGUAAUCUACGUACCAUGGUUUUGCAAAAUAGAAUGGCUCUAGAUCUCUUAACAGCAUCCCAGGGGGGGGGGUAUGUAAAUGAGUACUGCUAUGUCUACUCUCCAAGGGUUAAAAAUUGCCAUGACUUCAGAUUAUGUUCCCGACACAACUUGGGGUUGGAUGAUGGGUCUGUUCGGCUGGGUGACUCCUUUCCUUACUAUGAUAAUUCCUGUAUGUAUUAUUUUCCUUCUUAUUUGUUGUUGUGGUCCUUUUCUCUUGCAAUGUUUAAUGAAUCGAAUCUAUGCCACAAUGGACAGUAUGAUGGGUCAACGAUAUGAUAAGAUUCCUCUGUGUUAGGCCUUUGGCCUAAAAGAGGGGACUGAGAGAACAUUUUGUCCUCUUUUAAGUGUGCUUGCAUGAGAAGCAGAAGUGUCUGUGGUUUUUUGUGUGUGUGUGCAUCGGAGGUCUGAAGGUCAACGUCUGGUUUCAAUCUUGCAGGCUGCUCCCCCAGUGAAAAGUCCCGCGCUAUACAUUUCCUCUUUAUGUUGCUUGUAUAGUAUGCCCAUAUUAAGAGUGUCUUCCUUCCGUUGUGUAACUUUUAAAGGUCAGCCCACUAUGUAUAUCUAUCCCUGCUCAUCCUGUGUGUGUUGGGCUUGCAGAAUAAACCAUUCUAACUACA